CAGAAGAACGUGGCUUUGCUUCAACAAAUCCAGCAUCUCAGUCUGGAGUUGAAGCAUGCCCAGAAAAACCAAGAAGGAUCUGGGGAACAGAUCUCGGCUCUCAAACCAGAGCUUGCGAGUGAUAAGAAUCGGGCCAACCAAGAGGAAGAAACGAAAGUCCUCGUGAAGGAGGAGAUGCAAUUCUCCUCCCAGGCGAACAAAGAGCUUUCUUCUACGGCAGCUGAGAGCCACCCAGGGCUGGGAGCUCUUGUAGAAAAGCUGCAUCUUCUGGAGGAGGAGAAGAAGUCCCACGCUAACCACAUCCGGGCUCUGGAGGACGAGCGGACCCAGUUACUGGAAGAGAAGGAGAAAUACCUCCUCGAAAGAACGGCUGAGUGGCAGGGCCAGGAGGAGAGCAGGAAAGCCCUGCAGGAAAGCUGUGAACAUCUCAGGGAAUCUCAGAUCCAGAUGCAGAAGGAGAAGGGCCUUCUACAGGUGCACUGCCAGGACCUUGAAAGACAAGCCGAAGAGUUGGGCAAGCAGCUGGACGAGCAACGGACCAUCUCCCAAGACUGGAGAAACCAAUGGGAGGACAUGGAUGCCGCUUUGAGGACCAAAGGAGAAGAGUUGGACAAAAUGAGGGCCCAGAACCAGGCCCUCCAAGCCAAG